UUGAUGGGUUCCAAAAGUAUUAAAAAGGCGGUAGUCCCUAAAUUAUCGGAAAAAGCCAAGGAGGAAGAGUUGAGCACUUCGGGCUCCUCUGAUUCUACUUUAGAAUCAAGUUCAUCUUCCUCGUCGGAGGGCAGCUCCAGCAGCAGCUCUAGUUCCUCGGACAGUGAAUCGAGCUCGUCGGACAGCGGCUCCAGCUCUUCUAGCAGCAGCUCGAGCUCCUCCGGCGAAUCGGGCUCCUCCGACAGCGACUCGAGCUCCGACAGCGACUCGAGCUCCUCCGACAGCGACUCGAGCUCUUCGGACAGCGACUCGAGCUCAUCGGGCAGCAGCUCCUCCUCGGGCAGCAGCUCCUCCUCGGACAGCGACUCCUCCUCGGACAGCGACUCCUCCUCGGACAGCGACUCGAGCUCAUCGGGCAGCAGCUCCUCCUCGGACAGCGACUCGAGCUCCUCGGGCAGCAGCUCCUCUUCGGACAGCGACUCGAGCUCCUCGGGCAGCAGCUCCUCCUCGGACAGCGACUCCUCCUCGGACAGCGACUCCUCGGACAGCGGCUCCUCCUCGGGCAGCGGCUCCUCCUCGGGCAGCAGCUCCUCCUCGGACAGCGACUCAAGCUCCUCGGACAGCGAUUCCUCCUCGGACAGUGAGUCUUCCUCGGACAGCCAGUCCUCGUCUGCUCCUAAGAACGGUAAGAGAGCAAGGGACACAUCCUCCGAUGAGUCUUCAUCGCGUACCGCGACACCGGAGCCGCCUGUAAAGAAGGCUGCAAUUCCCGCCGGCGAAGACGAAAUCAGGGAAGGCCAGCGGAAGCACUUCUCGAGAAUAGAAAGGGCAAAAAUCAGCUUCGAGGACAGAACCCUCACCGACAAUACCUACAAGGGCGCUGCGGGGACUUGGGGCGAGAAGGCCAAUGAUAAACUAAGCCGCGUCAGGGGUAAGGACUUCACUAAGAACAAAAACAAGAUGAAGCGUGGCUCGUACAGAGGUGGCUCUAUCACACUAGCAUCGGGCUCCUAUAAGUUCGUAGAUUAG